AUGCUGAAUCUACUCUUGCCAACUACCGCUUGGCGUCAGCUUGGACUUCAAGUCAAGAGGAGACAAGCAGAAAUUCUGUCCUAUCUCCCACCUGGUGCAAAGAUCUUAGUAGCUCUUGAUUGUUGGACUUCACCUUUCCAGCAAGCAUUUAUGGCAAUAACUGGAUAUUUUAUCGAUAAGAAUUGGCAGUAUUGUGAGAUUCUUCUAGGGUUUGAGCCUCUCUAUGAUUGGCAUACCAGUAUAAAUCUUAGUGCGGUUUUAUUAGAGACACUUCAGCAACAUGACUUAGUUGACCGUGUACUAGCAUUGACAACUGACAAUGCUUCGAAUAACAAAACCCUACUAUGGGUGUUCAAUGACGCAAUCGAGUCCCUAGAUAUCCUAGAGGAGCUUUGUCUUUCAGAUGAAGAAGCAGAGCGACUACGGCAAAUCCAGAGAGAAAAGGGCAUCAGUUAUACACUAGCCAAAAUACGUGGCUUGGCUGUUUUUAUUAAUACUAGCCCCCAAAGAUGCACAGCAUUCCUCAGCUUCUAA